UCCCAGUCUCAGUGCGCAUCAGUCACGCUGACAGCUCAGGGGACAAGUACACUGUUCAUCAGGGCACUGAUGAUCAGUGUGCUCUGAUGAUCAGUGUAGCCCAAGCAGUGCCACCUGUCAGUGUCCAUCAGUGCCUUGUGUCAGUGCUCAUCAGUGCCUCGUGCCAGUGCCCAUCAGUGCCACAUCAAUGCCACAUAUCAGUGCCUACCAGUGCACAUCAAUGCCACAUAUCAGUGCCCAUCUGAGCAACUUUCAAUGUUACCCAUCAGUGCCAGUCAGUGCCACCUAUCAAUGCCAAUCAGUGCCUCCUCAUCAGUGCCACCUAUCAGUGUCCAUCAGUGCAGCCUAUCAGUGCCCAUUAGUGCAGCCUCAUUAGCGCACAUCAGUG